GAAACAUUUGUUUCGAGGAACGAAAAUUGCGUUAUGGUUUAAUUCAAAGGAAUAUUUGUUUGAUUCAACAAAUAAUUGUUUUGUUACAAGUAGGUAGGUACUUUAUUUCGCAAAUGCAUCAUAACGAUUGAGUCAUGCGCCAUUAUUUCGUUGCGUCUUCGUAUGGUAACAUCUUGAGGUUUUUAAGCUGUGGUUUUUGUUUGAAGUUUUAAGUACCUAUAUAUAAAUGGAGGAGUUUUUAGUGAAAAACAAUUUACACCAUCUAUUACCAUCUUUUACAGAACAGAACGUUACCGAAAUUGAAUUUUUGCCACUUCUUACUGAUGUGCAGAUCGGCAGCCUUAUCCCACGCAUCGGGGACCAAAUUCGUUUUCGAAAAGGUCUUUUGCAAUUACAGAGCCCUUCUGUCAACGAAAAUAAUAAAAGGGUUGCCGAUGAAGAGAUAGAACAUUCACCAUCCGUGUCACCAAAAAGGUUCCAUUCUACUGAACAAGAAAAUAUUCCGCAGUCGGAAAAUAUUGGCACGCCUGAAGUAUUUUGGGUGGUAAACACACCAUCCACGGCUUCUGCUAGCACGAUUACAAACCUUUCUAACGAAGAUUGCGGCCUUAAUUCCUCUUUUAUUUCCACGAUUUCCGUGGACGACUGCACCUUUGUCCUCAAAGAUAUUUUACAAAAUGACGCUAUUGGGCAAACGCUUCUAAAAAAAUUUGAACAUCUUCACACAUUCUCUAAUAAAGACAGAAAUGUAAUUUGUGAAAUUAUAAUAACGCAUUUUUUAAAUAAGGGGAAAAGACUGAAUAACGAAUCCCUUUCGUUUAUUGCGGACAAAAUAGUAGAAUUGUUUUCGACUGAGAAGAAGGCCACAUAUUAUGUAGACCCAAUCCCCAAAAAACAUUCCUCUUUGAAUAAGCCAAUUGUAGCACGAGGAAAAUUGGUUGAUAAACACAGAAAUAAAUUAACGGCGUUAAGGCGUGCCCAAGAGUUUACUGAACUGCAUCCCCCACAAACAGGUGUUAAUCAGCAAAGUAUUGAAAUUUCGGAAGGUCAAAAGGACAGUAAAAUUUGGCUGCAACUAAACUCAGAGCCUUUACAUGAAGUGAUACAGCACUGGGAGAAGUCCUUUCAACUUCGACGAAAGGAUCACAGUGACCAAUCUGUUACUCAAUUUUUUGACCAGUGGCCAAUACUUAAAAACCAAAUUGCAGUAGAACUGAUUCUAAGAGAUUUCGAUAGUAUUAUAGAUUCGUACACGCAACUGAAUUUCGAUGAAUUUUUUGAAAACAUUUUAGAAAAAAGGCGAAAGCAUUUUUCUGCUUCGGAUACAGCUUUACUGGAUUUGCUGAAUGGCGAGAAUUUAACUACAGACUCCCAGAAUGCAGUGAAGUUGUCUUUGUUGCCACUGUUAGUACCUCCUAAAGGAAGGACGAGGGUGAAAGGCAAAGGCCAUUGGAAGCCAUCUACUGCAGAAUGUAAAAAUGGACUUUUUAUACAUGCGUACACUCCUGGCGAUAUUGAGAGGUGCAAGUCGACGAAAAUUGACGCAAUGUAUGCAAUGGGUCUUACUGUGCACCCGUAUAUUUUACUAGGUUUACUGAGAGUUUUCAGGCAAAUAAUUUUUGUCGUAUAUGCAAAAGUACCAAAGCUGAAAGCAAAACUCAAUUUGUGGAGGACCCUUCCCAAAUUCGUACAGAAGAAAAUUAUCUCCAAGAUGUUGAAACUCUUUCAGCUGGCAUAA